CCUUGUUUUCUUCAAGUCUGUACACAUGUUUAGGAUUCUGUCAAAACUUUUUUCUAUGGUAAAUAUUAAUUAUUUGAUCUGAGAUGGCGGGAUUAAAGUUUGCUAAAACACACUGAAUCGUAAUAGAAUUCCAUUUCAAUUCGGAAAAUAAUGUCGAGUUUUGAAACUGUGUUGGUUUCCUGUGCAAAGGAAAUUUCCGAUCUGAGCGAUAAUAUGCGUAAAGUGACAGAGAGAAAUUUAAAAGAAUUUUCUGAAAAUCGAGACAACAAAAAUUUUUGCCGCUUAUUAGCAGAAACUUUAGAAGACGUUAACAACAAGGCUUUACAAUGCAUAAAAGACUUGAGAAACAAUAUUCCCGAGUUUGAACCCGAAUAUAGCGAAGUCUUGGAAAAACUAAACAAUGUUAUACAUGCAGGCAACAGAUGCAAUUCCACAAAUAGUGAUGCAGUUAAUAAUGUAAAGGAAGAUUCAGAUGCAGAUAAUCAGAUUGACCGACCAUUAUCUGCGGAAACAGUAUUGUACAGCCCGACUGAUAUUAAAAUAUCUGAUCAUGACCUGAAUCUAGCACUAUCGGGCAGUGAUUGUUUUGCGGCUUCUACUGUUACUGCUUUGACCCACGUCAGUCAAGAUCUUGGUGAACUGGAGGUUGCGCCAGCGGUCACAAACAAGAAUGCAAAUCAUCCUGAUCGUAAUUAUGGCUCUUUUGAAGAUUCCAGUGAGACAAUUAUUAAUACACAAGAAACAAAGAAUAAUAUUGUUAAUGAGGCAAUUCAAGACACAAAAAAUGAUACAUCGUCAGCUGUGGAGCAUCUGGAAGAGGAAGUUAGUUGCUCGCUGUCAUCUGAAUCUUUUGUCUUUGACGACAUAUUGAGAACUGAGACAGAAUUUCCCAUCAUAAGCGAUACAAACACUCCUCUCAGCAAUGGCAACAAGAAGUACCAAUGUGGCGCUUCUUCUCUUUCAUGCGAGCUUGGUGACUCAAGAUCCCCCAACAUUUCAGAAUUGACUAGUAAUGGUGAUGGAGCCAGUAAUCAUAUUGAUUUCUUAAUGCCUGAAAACUCGAGAUCAUCAGAAGACUCGAACCAUAGUAAAAUAUCUCUCAAGGGUCGGCUACCGGAAAAAGAACGAAAAUCCUUAUUUAAAUUGAUUGCCUCGUACUACCGACAAAAAGAAAAGGAGAAAAACGAUAAACAGAAUAAAAUGUUAAACGCAAAAAAUGAAAUAAUUAAUAGAAAGGUUCAGACAAAUGCAAGUGAUGAAAGUUCUAUAGGCAUUCAUCAAGACACGACAGUUAGUUUAAAGCAAAUCAGUAGAAAUGAAAUUGAAAACAUACAGGAGACUUCAGUUGAAACAAGCAUUGCAAGAAAUGAAGAAAUUCUUGAAGAUGUAAGCCAAAAACAAAUUGGAGAAGUUGUUUCAAUGGAUAUUGAUUUUCCACAAAAUUUGAAUGAAACACAUUCCAUAGAGGGUCUAAGAAAAGCGGAUACGGAUUUACAUAUUGAAAAGGGUAAAGAUAAUUUAAAACAAUCUGAUGCAGCAAAUACCCUAGAUUUGUCAAGUAUUACAAGCAAUCUCCCAAAGAAUUAUCCAGAUUUAAAAAAUGAGGGAAAUAUAUCUGCGAACAAGCAAAUUCUUGGAGAAUGUAAUGGUGGUACUAUAAAGCAGGCAUCACCCACUCUACAAAGUUUAGUUAGAGAAUUGGAAGAAUCCUUUGAUAAUAUCAACCACAUUCACAACGAUUCUCCAGAUGAUGUUAUUUGCAAUAGUAAGGAUGAAAAUCCCUUUGUUAUAGAAAACCAUAGUGAAUCACAGAAAAAUGGUCGACCCAUGGAUAACUUAGAUAAUGAAGCUACUCCAGCUCCUCAUCAUGACAACCCCAGUAGUAGUGAUGAAACAAUAAUUACAGGAUUAGGUUACCAAUCUGAGCUCUGUAGGUCUUCUCUAGAUCAUUCAGAAAACAGCAGUGAAGAAACUGUGAUUGAAUUGGAUAACAUUGCAAAAGAUAUAGACCAUAUAUUAGAAAAAACUAGUCAAACUAGUGAAGGCAGUGUGAAUUCCAAAGUAAGUCAUUCAUUAAAAAAUUCGGGUCAGACAUGUUCCAUUGAUUUGUCCAACCACUACAGUAAAGGAGGUGAGGGCGUAACUUUAUCAAAAAAACCAGUUCAAAAAAUUUCACCACUAAGUUCUGAUCAGGAAAGCUGUAGUGAUAAUGAGAAUGUAGCUCCCCUGAGGAAACCACUUCAAAUGAUAUCUUCAGAGAGUUCCAACCAAGAAGGUAAUGAAAGUCCUGUAUACGCUAAAAUUCCCAACAUGCAAGACGAGGAAAUCGAAACUCAGAAGAGCGUUUCAGUUGAUGAGAAGUGUCAAAAAACAAUGUGUCCGGAUGUAUAUAUGGGAAAUAAUAUUGUUAAAUCUGUUUGCUCUCAAGGCAGUAUAGGAAAUGAAGAAUUUACUGAAACUGCGGUUACUGUUAUUCAAGCAAUUACUAAUCAGAAAGAUAGCAUAAUUCAUGCAGAGAACAAAGAAACUAUAAUUGAAUUGGAUGAUAUUGCUAAAGAUAUAGAGGAUUUAUUAGUCAAAACAAGCGAUCAACCAAAUGUAGUUUCUUAUGAAGCAGAUUCUUCUACUGAUUGUAGCAUCCUACAAAACAAGAGAUCCCCAAAGAGCAUUGUUCAUGCCACUAAACAUUUGGAUAUGAAUGAAAAUACCUUGCCCGAAGUUAAUUCGAAGAAACAAAUAGCUGAAGAAAUCUCAGAAUUACAAGUCGAGGUAACUGCCGAAAAAUCAACCGGUUCAGUUAAUAGCGACCAUUUGAAUGACGUGGCAAGAGCUAGGCUUAAAGACAGGUUUAGACUUGAUGACGAUGAGAGAAAUGAGUUGCUUAUCAUGCUUAAUGAUCAUAUUAAGAAAAGCCGAGUAAGCAAUGAUAAAGGAAGCGGGGAUGAUGGUCCUAAUUCUACAGCCGAAAUGCUGGAUGAUAUAGAUAGGGAUCAACUGCUAGAACUGUUGAAGGAAUACCAUGAAAAUUAUUUGGGGGAAGAAAAAGGUGAAUGCGAAAAUACCCGGCUAAAUGUUGAAUUUGAUAAUCGUGCUUUACAAGUUGUAAUUGGGGAUAUCGGGAUACAUUUUGGUGAAGAUUUUGGAGAACUAGAUUCUGAUCGAGAAGAGUUAUAUGAAGUUGUUAAGGAAGAAGCUUUUAUUCCAUCGGCGCCAUUAAAGAGGGGAAGAAAAAAAAAGGAGUGUACUAAAGCAAUGGAAGUUUAUAGAAAAUUAAUGGAGGACAGCGACGACUUAUCAGAUUGUAGUAUUGCAUCAUUAUCUUCUGAGAACAUAAGUAAUUUCGAUGAAUUUGGUGAGAACGUUAGGGAGAGCAGAGCGUUAAAGGAUCAGUGCGUUGAAACCAUGUACACUGAAGAGAAAAGAAAAUUCGGAAUAACCAAAGAGCUUUAUAUACAGAUAAAACAAUUGGACCAAACCGAAUUUGACGUGAAAAAAUUACCUAAAGAAUGGACGGUGGACAGUUUAUGCAAUUUGAGGACUGUUUUGCAAAAACGCCGGAAGUCGCCGUCGUCUAGUCGACAAAGGCGUCGUAGAAAAAGACGUCGACGUUAUUCAUAUUCGUCCCAAGCAUCUGAUAGGUCAAAUUCAAACACUUCCUCUUAUCAUUCGCCAUCUGAUAGGGAAAUUUCGGUUAAUCGGACCUUUCCUCUCCCAUCUUAUUCUACCGAGGAAGCUGUUGCCCUCACUCUUUGCGAGGGCAUACGCGAUUCUGCGGAGGACAGUGACAAUAGAGAGACGCACAUGAGUGAGGAUACAAAGAAAAAGGAAAACGACGAAAAGAAAAUUAAAUGCACUGAUAAAAGUAUCGUCUGUAGUAAGCCAAAAUCUUCGGUUAAGAGCGAAAAUAUGGAAAGGAAAGCUUGGAAAAAGGAUCCACUUCUUCGUGGUAAACUGCGCAGCAGUGAAUCUGAUUACAGCGAAAAGAGUGAUUCCAGUAGGCCAAGCAGAAGAAAAAAAUUUAAGUCAAAGUACGUCGAAGGACCGACCCACCCUUUUUUUAUGGUCGACCGCACUGAACACCGCCAUAAAUCAAAAAGUGAUGAUUCAUCUUCUGAUAGCGACAUGAUUUUUGACGGUUUUCAUAUCAGUAAAGAAAAUACAAUAAAAAUUCCUAAUAAAACUCCACUGCGCGUAUCUGAUGAUAGUGAAUCCAGCAGUAGUAUUGAAUUUGUUCCACUUAAAUUAAAAACGCCGGUAAAAGAAAAUAUCACUGAUGACGAUGAUGUUAUAUUUGAGGAAAGUCCUGGUUUAAAAGGUAAAGGUCGAAGGAAUAUAAGAGCUCUUGUGUCCGAUGAACAGUUAGCAGAAGAUACCCAAAGAGCCAAUCAAGAAGAGAAAGAGAGAAUAGCUCGUUUGGAACAAAGGAACAGUAUCUUGGAGAGCUUUUCUCAAUCAUUUAGCAGUCAAUUAUCAGAUGAAGUUGAUUCUAAUCCUCUGGUGCUUGAUGUUGAAAAGGACACCCUCACUCCAUUGAUAAAAGUUCAUCAUCAAAUAAAUAAAAAACUGAAACCACACCAAAGACUGGGGGUACAGUUUAUGUGGAACUCAUGUUAUGAAAGUGUGGAGCAGCUUAAGAACAAUUGGGAAGGAUCUGGAUGUAUUUUGGCACAUUGUAUGGGCUUGGGCAAGACCAUUCAAGCUUUGGCACUUAUUCACACAUUAUUCAGUCACAAAAUUACCAAUACCAAAUAUGUAUUGGUGGUGUGUCCUUUAUCGACAGUUUCCAACUGGAAAAAUGAAUGCCGAAUUGCUUACAAAGGUGUUGAUACACCUUUGGUGCCUAUUAACUUGAUUGGAAGUCGUAAAGAUACCAGUAGAAAAUUUGAAAUUGUAAGGAAGUGGCGCAGGAUGGGCGGCAUAUUAGUUUUAGGUUAUGAACAAUUUGCAACUUUAACCGAUGAAAGUAAAUUGGAUAAGGAAAGUCUUAUCACAAAAAAAGAUAUGUUGGGCGCCCUAGUCGAUCCAGGUCCCGAUUUAAUCAUUUGCGAUGAGGGGCAUUUGUUAAAAAAUAAAACGUCCCAAAGGGCUGCGUCACUAAAUAGGGUAAGGACCAUGAGACGGAUCGUGCUUACGGGAACGCCCCUGCAAAACAAUUUAAUGGAAUACUACUAUAUGGUGAACUUUGUAAAACCCAAUUUGUUGGGUAAUCAAAAAGAGUACAAAACCAACUUUGCUAAUCCAAUAAACAAUGGUCAGUACGAAGAUUCGACGCCAAGAGACAUCCGGUUGAUGAAGGAAAGGACAUAUGUGCUACAUACCUUAUUAAAACAAACCGUUCAGAGGGUAGAAGACACUGAACUUAAACGGUAUCUCCCUAAAUUAGUGGACUAUGGGAUUUUCAUCCACAUAAGCGAUCUACAAGUGCAAUUUUACAACGCUUACUUAGACAAUGCCCAGGCCCGUCUUGAAUUCACAAAAACAGGCAACAUCAACCAAAAAAAUUUCCUAGCGGAUGUUCAAAUGGUCAAAUACAUAUGCUCUCAUCCAUACAUGAUGAGUAUUGCAGAAAAAAAUUGUCCUAAAAAGGUGAAAGAGCGAGAUGUCAUUAACGACACUGUGCAAAACGAACAGGAACAGGAAAUUCUUAUUUCAAAAAGCAGUUGGUGGAAACCACUGUUACCAGAGGACGCCGGUCAAAGACUUGAACUUGGAAAUAAGUUGAUGACGGCCUUGUCGUUGGUUGAAGAAGCUGUUUCUUUGGGUGAUAAAGUUUUAAUUUUUUCACAAAAUUUGGCGGAAUUAGAUUGCCUGGAGCAUUUCUUGAAUCACCGGGGUACCUCCACUCAACCCAUUUGGACUAAAGGUCAGGAUUAUUGCAGAAUGGAUGGUACCGUUUUCCCAGAGGACAGAGUUGUUAUGUGUGAUCGAUUCAAUGAUCAGAAAAAUAGUCGCUUGAGGUUGUUACUGAUGUCCACAAAAGUCGGCGGAUUAGGCUUAAAUUUAACGGCUGCCAACAGAGUGAUUAUCAUGAAUGUCAAUUGGAACCCUUCUCAGGACACUCAGAGCGUUUUUAGAGCUUUCCGUUUUGGUCAGACCAAGGACGUUUACGUUUAUAGGUUAAUUUCGUUAGAAACAAUGGAAGAACGCAUAUAUCAACUUCAAGUUACAAAGUUGGCAAUCGCACACAGGGUUAUAGACAAACACCAGAUUACGAGGCACUACAAUUCAAAUGAUAUUCAGGCAAUGUAUUCUCUCAGGCCUUCAGUUUUUAAGGACAGGCCUCUUCCUAACGUCCCGGAAGAUAAGGUUUUAGCCAAAAUACUUCAAAAAUAUCCAUUUGUUUUCCGCUGGCACGAACAUCAAGGACUCUUGGCCAAUCGUCCCGAAGAAGACCUCAAUGAACAAGAGAAAAAUGCAGCCUGGGAAGAGUUUAAUAAACGAGCCGAUGAAACUUCUGCAUCAGCUCAGUUACCGACUAUAAACGCAGUAGGAUUACAGAAUAGAAAUUUAGCACAAAGGCUCCCUAUUGAUGAAGAUCAUAACUAUUCUCUUCCUAAAGUUAACUCCGUUGUUCAAGCAACUCGUAAUUUAUUUACUAGUCAGCUACCGGCAUCAAAUAUGGACAUCAAUAUUCAAGCUGUAGCGAAAGCGAUUGCCGAAGCCAAACAGGCGAAUGCUUUACGACCAGCUUCGUUUGUGUUACAACACGGCUCCAAACAAGUUAUACCUUCCGUACUAAACGCAGUAAGAUUGCCUGCUACAAGCCAGCAAUGGAAACAACUUGUUCCGAAUCCAGCUAGUGCAUUAGCAGCAAAGAUAUUAAACAACAGAAAAUCUCCAUCGCCAGCUCACGCCGCCAUACCGUGCGUUGAAACGCUAGGACCAUCAUUGCCUUUGCCAUCCGUUGGGUUUCCGAAACAACUUGAACAAAAAAUUCCGCCAACAAAUACCUCUGUUUCGUUCUUGAACAUUAACAGCAAUACACUGAAUUUAGCAACAAAAAAUGUGGAUAAAAACACGAGAAGUGUCAACAGUUCUAAAAAAGUGGGAUUGCCUGGAGCCUCAAAACACGACAUAAUAACGGCAGCAAACAAAAGAUUAGCAAGUAGUUGGCGAAAAACGAGCACUGUAAAGAUUGCAAAAUCUGAUAAAAAAAUUCCGGGUACUUCGACCAUCUUUCCGUCUACGACAUCAACAUCUUUAGCGUCGCAAAAUUCUGCCAAGUCACCAAACCCUAUCAAGAACAACACAGACAUAGCAUCAUCAGAUACAACGUUAUCACUUUGGCCAACUACUCCAAGAAAUUCUAAUAUUAUUAAGUCGCAAACAUGGAUACCAGCUUUAGUAAGUCCCUCAACUACAAUCGAAAGUGCAACCACCAUUCCGCACGGCAACAAAGAAAAUACAAAAAAAUCAAAACUUCAAUUGCUAAAAUCUGCUGUUUCUAUAGAUCUUUCAAAUGAUGAUGAUGACAAUGGCAGUACAUCAAGUAGUAGUUCAUUGUCAAAAGAUAUGGUCGAUGAUUUGAAGAAAAAGGGCAUCAGUAUUAAUAUGGUAAAAAAGAAUGACAAUUCCAACGAUGUCAUCACCCUAGACUGAAAAAUCAAUUGUGAUAUUACAGCUAUGUUGUUAAGCGUAGCAGUUUACCUAAUCUGUAUUUUGUAUAAAUAAACUAUUUGUUUUC